AUGUCCGCCGACAAAAAGUCCCCUCAGGGAUUCGCCCUCGACUUCCUCAUGGGUGGUGUGUCCGCUGCUGUCGCAAAGACCAGCGCGGCUCCUAUCGAGCGUAUCAAGCUGCUCGUGCAAAACCAGGAUGAGAUGAUCAAGCAAGGGCGGCUGGCCACUCCCUACAAGGGCAUCACUGACGCCUUUGUCCGCACAUACCGUGAUGAGGGCCUCGUCUCGCUGUGGCGAGGAAACACAGCCAAUGUCAUCCGUUACUUCCCAACGCAAGCUCUCAACUUUGCCUUCAAGGACUACUUCAAGUCCUUGUUCGGUUUCAAAAAGAACGAGGGCUACUGGAAGUGGUUCGCUGGCAACAUUGCUUCCGGUUCCGGUGCUGGUGCCAUGUCAUUGCUCUUUGUCUACUCGCUCGAUUACGCCCGGACACGUUUGGCUAACGAUGCCAAAUCUUCCAAGGCUGGAGGGGCUCGUCAAUUCAACGGUCUCGUCGACGUUUAUCGCAAGACACUCGCUUCUGAUGGUAUUGCCGGUCUCUACCGUGGUUUCGUUCCUUCCGUUGUCGGCAUCGUCGUCUACCGUGGUCUCUACUUUGGUGUUUACGACUCGCUCAAGCCUGUUGUCCUCGUUGGCGCACUCCAGGGAUCUUUCCUCGCCUCGUUUGCUCUUGGUUGGGGUGUUACUACCGGCGCUGGUUUGGCUUCAUACCCUCUUGACACCAUUCGUCGUCGCAUGAUGAUGACCUCCGGCAGUGGCGUUAACUACAAGUCUAUGUUCGAUGCUGGUUCGCAAAUCAUUGCCAAGGAGGGUACCAAAUCGCUCUUCAAGGGUGCUGGUGCCAACAUUCUCCGUGGUGUUGCUGGUGCUGGUGUGCUUUCGCUCUAUGACAAGUUCCAAGAGCUCGCAUUCGGCAAAGUCUACUCUGGUGGAUCUGGUUAA